AUGCUCUUUCAGGGGUCAUUGGCAUUGGAGGAUGUGGCCGUGAACUUCACACAGGACGAGUGGCAGCUCCUGGACUCUGCUCAGAAGAACUUGUACAGAAAUGUGAUGCUGGAGAAUGUGAGCAGUCUCGUGUCCCUGGGGUUUCAACUUAUCAAACCAGAUGUGAUCUUCAAACUGGAGCGAGAGCAGCCUUGGAUAAUAGGCGAAGAGGUCCCAAGUCAGAGCUUGUCGGAAUACUGGAAAGUUGACGACUACAAAGCUUGGCACCAAGAACUCCAAGACAGGAUUAAAAAAUCGGAACAAGUCCAUGAAACUAAUGCCAGUGGAAAAACAUUCCAAUCCAGCGUGAACCUUGCACCAUUAAAGCAAAAGUCCAGUAAGCAUGUCUCAAAUGGAAAACAUCUGAAACACUCGUUAGGUUUAUUUAGUGAGGCUGGAAACCGUGGAAGAAGGAAACCUGGUAAAUUCAAUGGAUAUGAGAAAUCCUUUUUCUAUACCGAACAUGGAAAAACUCACGUUGGAGCAAAAUGCUACGAAUGUAAUGAUUGUGGAAAAGUCACCAGCAAGAAGUCACGACUCAUUGUACAUCAGAGAACACACACAGGAGAGAAACCAUUUAAAUGUAGUGAAUGUGGCAAAGCCUUUUCCCAGAAGUCACACCUUGUGACACAUCAGACGGUUCACACAGGAGAAAAACGUUAUGGAUGUGAGUGUGGGAAGGCCUUCUCUAGAAAGUCUCAUCUCAUUACACACCAGAGAACUCACACAGGAGAGAAACCUUAUGAAUGCAGUGAGUGCAGCAAAGUCUUUUCUCAGACGUCACAGCUCAUUAUUCAUCAGCGAAGUCAUACAGGAGAGAGACCGUAUGCAUGUGGUGAAUGUGGGAAAGGCUUUAGUGGGAAAUCGCAACUUAUCACUCAUAAGAGAACCCAUAUAGAUGAAAAGCCCAGUAAAUGCAAUGAAUGUGGGAAAGCCUUCAGAGAGAAGUCAAGUCUCCAUAAACAUCAGAGAAUUCAUUCAGGAGAGAAACCAUAUGGGUGCAGCGAAUGUGGGAAAGCCUUCAGUGGGAAGUCACUCCUCCUCAGACAUGAGAAAACUCAUUCAGGAGAAAAGCCCUAUGGAUGUAAGGAAUGCACGAAGGCAUUUAUUUGGAAGUCACAGCUCAUCAUACAUCAGAGGACUCACACAGGAGAGAAGCCCUAUGGAUGUAGCACUUGUGGGAAAGCUUUUUCCCAGAAAUCACACCUCAUGAUACAUCAGAGAACUCACACAGAAGAGAAACCCUAG